AUGGCCACCAGACGUGCUCCUCUUGAGGAUGACCUUUCCUGUCCAAUUUGUGGAUAUAUUCUUAGUCAGCCAGUGGUGCUCACUUGCAGACACAGAUUCUGUAAAGCCUGUCUAAAAGACAGCUGGGAGACACAAGGCGGUGAGGAUUCACACUACUGUCCUCUGUGCUGGCGCCGUUCCUCCAUGGAUCAAAUAGCGGUGAGCAGUGUGCUAGAGAGGUCCUGUGAAUCCUUCAAGGAGGACAGAAGCAAGAAUGACCCAGGUGCUUGUAAGGAGCAUGGAGAAAAGCUCACGCUGUUCUGUUUGGAAGACUUGGAGCCAAUCUGUGGUUUGUGUGGGAAAGCAGCUGCACACACUGGGCACAGGCUCUAUCCCAUUGGGGAGGGUGCUCAUGACUGUAAGGAGGAACUGAAGAGUGCACUGCUGCCCUUGAAAGACAAAUUGCAGCUGUACAAGAAGGCGAAAAUGGCCUGUGAGGACAUAGCAGAACAUGUCAAGAACCAAGCUGAACAUACUGAAACUCAGAUCAAAGAGGAAUUUGAAGCCCUUCACCGUUUCCUGAAGGAGCAGGAGGCUGCCAGACUUUCAGCUUUAAAGGCUGAGGAGGAUCAGAAGCAUCUGAUGAUUAACCAACAGAUUGAGGAGAUGAGCAAUGAAAUUACAUCUCUCUCCAACACCAUCAGAUUAGUGGAACAGGAGAUGAAAAGUCACGAUAUCCCCUUUCUAAAGAAUUACAAGGAAACAAUAAGGAGAACCUGGCGAACUUCUGAUGAUCCACACAUUAUUUCUGGUGCUCUGAUUGAUGUGGCCAAGCACUUGGGCUCUCUGAAAUAUAAAGUGUGGGAGAAGAUGAAGAGAAUAGUUAAAUAUAAUCCUGUGAUUCUGGAUCCCAACACAGCAGCUAGCUGCUUCAUCCUCUCGGAGGAUCUCACAGUUGUGCAGAACUGUACUCAGAUUUUCAAGCUGCCAGACAACCCAGAACGUUUUGACAUCAGUGCUGAGAUGCUGGCUGCUGAGGGUUAUUCCUCUGGACGCCACAGCUGGGAUGUGGAGGUGAAGGACAACACCUACUGGGUGGUGGGAAUAGCCAGUGAGUCCAUCAACAGGAAAGGCAAGCACGUACUGACACCAGCAGAGGGAUUCUGGUCUAUAAGGUUUCGCAACGGAGAGCAUAAGGCCUGCACAGCACCAUGGGAGCCGCUGAACAUGACAAAGAAUCCAGAAGUAAUCAGAAUAGUUUUAGACAUGGACCGAGGCAAGGUGACCUUUUACGACCCUGGAGAGAGAACACCUCUCUACACCUUCACAGAUGUCAUCACACCCAGAGCCUUUCCCUACUUUUGCACUGCCUGCAAAGAGCAUCCACUGAAAAUCCUACCCACAAGGAUAUCCUUGUCAACGGACCGCUAG